CUCUAAAGCAAAAUCAGUGGUGCAAGAGAGAGUUGCGCAAUAUAUUUCUCAGGUUAAAGGAGAAAAAAACCUUCUUCUGCUUCAAGGUGUGGCUCUCCCAAAAAUUUAUACAGAUUAGGGUUACAAGCACACUGCUCUGUCUGAUAUUUUUACUUGCAUUUAUACAUUUAUCUAUGUGAACUGUUUUUGGUCCAUCAGCAGCUUUAUGGACUACUUUUGAACGACAUUUUCUCAAGAUCAUAAUAACAUGCAGACAGAUGGGUUUAGAUCUAUCCGGUACUUGUAGUUCUUGCCGAUACACUGAAGAAUUAAUCAUCGUGAACCUCAUAGGUGUCAUAUGACAGUACUGUUAUGGGUGGUCCCAUGAGACAUUCUGGCCUCAAGUGGAUAGUGGCACUGAGCCAUCAUGGCCUGUAAACAACAACAGCGUCAAACUCAAGUAAACUGGAUCUGAUUGUGUGCCCGAUGCCUUGCCCUAUUCCAGAGUGCAGCAGUUAAAGUUAGGUGUUUUUCAAAAAUGCGUCGAGGGUGUGUCUGAUCGAUACCCUCCAGACAGGACAUCAUUCUCUUCGGUUGGUAGCUUCCAAGCCAUGUCCUCACAGCCCAACAGCUCUGCCUCCAACAGCCCUACCAACAUUUUGGGUUCUCCUUUCUCAGUGAUCAGUCCCUCUCUUAGCUCCCCAGUUGUCUCACCCUCUCUGGGAUUCGGACCCAUCAGCAGCAGUCAGAUCUCCUCCUCAGCACCCAUAUCAGGGAUGCAUUCAGUAAGCAGCUCAGAAGAUAUCAAGCCUCCAUUUGGCCUGAGGCCCAUGCCACCUCACAGCCCGGGAAUAAUGCUAUCUCAGAAACGACUGUGCGUGAUCUGUGGUGACCGCUCAUCUGGCAAACACUACGGAGUGUACAGCUGCGAGGGUUGCAAAGGCUUCUUUAAGCGAACUGUGCGCAAAGACCUGAGCUACACCUGCAGGGAUAACAAAGAGUGCCUGGUCGACAAACGUCAGCGCAACCGCUGCCAGUACUGCCGCUACCAGAAGUGCCUGGCCAUGGGAAUGAAGAGAGAAGCGGUCCAGGAGGAGCGCCAGAGGAACCGGGAGCGUGAGGGGGAACUGGAGUUCAGCGGUGGGGUGAAUGAUGAGAUGCCUGUGGAAAAGAUCUUGGAGGCCGAGAUGGCGGUGGAGCAGAAAACUGAGCUUCACACUGACGGAGGCUCAGCAGGAAACUCUCCUCAUGAUACAGUGUCCAACAUCUGCCAGACUGCGGACAAACAGCUGUUUGCUUUAGUGGAGUGGGCAAAAAGAAUCCCUCAUUUCUCUGAACUGCCUCUUGACGAUCAAGUCAUCCUCCUGCGUGCGGGCUGGAACGAGCUUCUGAUCGCCUCCUUUUCCCAUCGCUCCAUUCCUUUGAAGGACGGGGUGCUUCUGGCGUCCGAGCUGCAGCGCGACAGCGCCCACACUGCAGGGGUGGGAGCCAUUUUCGACAGGGAAAGUGUGCAGAGCGUGGAGGUGGGCGCUAUCUUUGACAGAGUUCUCACAGAGCUCGUCAAUAAAAUGAGAGACAUGCAGAUGGACAAAACAGAGCUGGGCUGCCUCCGUGCCAUCGUUCUUUUUAACCCAGAUGCUAAAGGGCUCUCCAACACAAGUGAGGUGGAGCUCCUCAGAGAAAAGGUCUAUGCAUCAUUGGAAGCUUACUGCAAACAAAAGUAUCCCGAGCAGCAGGGAAGGUUUGCAAAACUCCUCCUCCGGCUGCCAGCACUGCGAUCCAUCGGCUUGAAGUGCUUGGAGCACCUCUUUUUCUUCAAGCUGAUCGGUGACACACCUAUUGACACUUUCCUCAUGGAAAUGCUUGAAGCUCCCCAUCAGUUGUCUUAGAUAAGAAAUGCAUACUGUGGUUUAGAUAGCUGGAGUCUGGGAAGCAGGCGUGGGACUAGAGUGGCACUUUAAGUUCUUUUAAGAUUCGUCAGUUCGUCUCACUGCUGUCUGCGUUACACCUUAGUGCAGCACAGAUUUGCUCUUUAGACCAAACCCAAGGCUUGGCACGAUCUACAAGCUGGUGCUACAUGUUGUCAUACCUUCAUGAGUAACUAUAAUGAUACACAAGUAUUUUUAAAAAAGGAAAACAAAAAAUUGUAAACACAUUAUUCUCUCACAGGAGCUGUAAUUUGGGUACUCAUUUUUAUAUGAAAUUUUUAAGAUACCUAAACUUGAAGAUUCUGUUGUCUCACCGACUUACCCCAAUCCCUAAAGCCUUUUUAAAAAAAAAAAAAUUAAAGAAGGCAACCUGUAUUACGAGCAUGCAUUAAGGAUGCAAUCUUUUCUAUGUGUGUGUGUGUGUGUGCGUGU